GAUUUAAGAUUUCAGAAAUGAAAAAGAACUUCAUUUUCUCACUUUCGGAAGUUGUUUUCCCAACACCCGAUAUCAGCAAAAGACGAACGGUAGGGUCCCUCGUUUUGUCUCUUUGGAUCUAAAUUCUGGAAUUACUCUUUCCAGAAUCUUCGAUCUCUCCGUUGCUGUUGAACUGGACUGAACGCUCACUCCGGUGCCGGAGAAUCGCGACCCUCGUUUGAAUUCGUAAUCGUUGACGUCGGUGGCAGUUCUCUCGCGGUUCGAAUCGUGAUGAGUACUGGAGAGCUUCUGAAUAUCGAGCCUAAAGAGCUCCAAUUCCCAUUUGAAUUGAGGAAGCAAAUUUCUUGUUCUCUACAGCUGUUGAAUAAGACCGACAAUUAUGUGGCUUUCAAGGUCAAAACGACCAAUCCAAAGAAGUAUUGUGUUAGACCGAACACUGGAAUUGUAUUGCCCAGGUCUACAAGUGAUGUUGUAGUUACAAUGCAAGCACAAAAGGAGGCGCCAUCUGAUAUGCAAUGCAAGGACAAAUUCCUGCUUCAGAGUGCAGUCGCAAGUCCUGGAACCACUUUGAAGGAUAUCACUCCAGAAAUGUUCAAUAAGGAGACAGGGAAUCAGGUUGAAGAGUCCAAGUUGAGGGUUCUUUAUGUUGCUCCACCUCGACCACCAUCACCUGUACGAGAAGGAUCUGAAGAAGACUCUUCUCCUUGGGCUUCAGUGUCGGACAAUGGGAAUUUGAAUGCUUCCGAAUAUACAGCUGUUUCACAUUCUCAUGCUGAGAGACUCGAGCCACAAGAUAAUUCAUCAGAGGCAAAGGUUCUUAUUUCAAAACUGACCGAGGAGAAAAAUUCUGCGAUCCAGCAAAACAGUAAACUUCAACAAGAGUUGGAACUAGAGGAGCUAAAGAAUACAGUAAAGAGGAAAUAUUCAUAGUUCGAGAGAGAGAUGGUAAACGGUUUGCUCCUUCAUCUUACAAAAAUACAUCAACCAAUUCUUACAAGAUAUUUCCAAGAAGCCUCCAAAUCAGUGAGCUGCCUUUGCUGAAUUUUUUUUCUCCCGAUGGUUCUCCUAAGGAAAGCUAUGCUAUAUUUCUAGUUCCUUAUCACUGAAAAGCUUUUGAAACAGUGUACUCUACUGUCCUUGCUGCAAGUAAUGCUAGGAAUGGAAGAAAGCCAGAAACUUAUCCUUUGUAAAUGAAUGCGUGAUCAUGCAGUUGCCAUAGCCUUGACAGUUCGUCACCUGGGCCUAUAAUCGAUGUCUAUUAAAUAUUUUUGGUCUAAAUGGUCCCUUUGUUUCUCUCUUAUAAUUGAAAGCAACAAGCUUGAUACUUGCACUUUGAAAUAAGCUUAGAGGGGGGGUGAUCAAGUUAGAAUGAAAUAUAUGGUUUCUGGCAGAGAUUGUUGCUUGGCUUCGCUGUUUAAAAGCAGUAAUUUUUAAAAUCUCUCAUCCUAAAUUCCUAAUCCUAGUUCUUGUGAGUUGUGAGUUCAAUCUAAGCAGACUGCAUCACUUGUAGUUUAUUUUAU